UCUUGGGCGCCCCCCGGUGCCGCUGCUGCAGGAGGAUUUGCACCGUGAGGCUCGGCUGACACCCCCCAGAUCCUGAGUACCGCCGCCCAGAGGAGGAAAGAGCCUCUGCCUCCUCUGCCUGGGAAGCUUCGGCGAUGAAUGAGUUCACCCCAAGGCCCGGAGUUGCCUGAGUUAGCAUCCCUGGACCCGGCUUCCCGGGCUGCAUCUCCAUCCCGCACGCAGCCGACUCCCCAGUUUGCAAGCCCGGGAGCCCAGGAGAGGCUGCGGAGCUCGAGUCUCGGCCCCGAUCUGAGAGAUUGGAGGUUUGUCCCGCUUCUGCAGUCUUCCCGCAACCCUCCGGGGGUCCCUUUGGUCUCCAUGGCAUCACAUCAGCAGUCCCGGAUCCAAGCUUACCUGGAGAAGAACAAGAUCGGUCCCCUGUUUGAGGAAUUAAUGACAAAGUUAAUAACAGAGACACCUGACCAGCCAAUCCCUUUUCUCAUUGAUCAUCUUCAGUCUAAACAAGGACACCGUGGACAACUCCAGAGAACUUUAUCUGGGUCUGCAGCUCUUUGGGCAGAAAGUGAAACCUCUGAACAUAAGGGAACAAGAAGGGACAUAAGAAAUUAUGAAAAGCCUUGGCAAUUAAACGCAAAGAAGCCUAAAAAGUCAAAAAGUGACCUUGCUGUGUCUAAUCUUUCUCCACCAUCUCCAGAAUCCAAAUCAUUGCCAAGAUCAGUAGAGCAUCCUAAUUGGAACUGGCGGAAUAAACCAGAAAACCGUGAUUUUGAUGAAUUGAACCACAUCCUUCAAGAGAGCAAGAAACUGGGAAAAGCCCUUGAGAAUCUCUCUCGAAGUAUGGCAAUUUCCGAUGAACUUGAUAAGGAAACAGUGACAUUUAAUUCUUCCCUUUUGAGACCCCGUGUGAUUGGAGAAUGGAUUGGCAGAGAAGAGAAUGACGCUGAUCCACUUGCUGCUGAAAUGCUACAGCCCCCAAUUCCAAGAAGUAAAAAUGAACAGUGGGAAAGUGAAGACAGUAGCUCAAGUCCUGCUGGAAGUUUAAAGGUGGAACCCAAAACUAAAGGAUUAAAGCAUCAACAGCAACAACAUAAGAAAUUACUGGCAGCAAUGCUUUCUCAAGAUUCUUUUGAGUCUCUCCAUAGUCCUACCCCAUCUGUAACAGAAGAAGAUAUUGAUAAUGAAGAUGAUGCAAUGGAAUUGCUGGAAGAUCUUGAUGAUUUAAGAAUGGAGGGAGUAACUACCCUGGUACCUUCUGGGAGCAAAUUUAACCAAGGUCGUGCCACCCACCCUGCUGAACCUCAGGCCAAGGUCACACUGAACAUCUGUUCAAGGUGUGCCAGGCUUCAAGGAGACAAUUUGGCUGACAGAACAGAAGACAUGUCACGAAUACUUCAUUCUCCAGAUGAAAUAAUCCCAGACUCUUUGGAUUCCUUACCUGGAACCGAAGAAACACUAAUGGAAGCUGGUGAAGAAUUUGAAAAAGCAUCAAGAUUAAUAGGUCCUGGUGAAGUCUCUAGUGGAGGACAGUCAUUGAAAAACUACUCAGAAGAAGAUGAAUCUUUAAAGCAAUUGCAGGUAGUCCAUCAACCAUGGAUCUUGCCAAGUGACACAGAAAGUGAAGGAAUAGAAGCAGAACAAGAUAAACGUUCUUCAGAUCUUCUUUGCGUUCCAUGUUCUUCUUGUCCUACUCUGGUCUACUCUGGUCUAUGAAGUAGGGAGAAGAAACUGCAAGUGGUUCUUAAAGAAUUUCGUUAUUCGAGUACUUGUACAAAGUCCACGAUUCAUUUAUUAUGUUUAUGUAAAUAUUUAGAGAAUGGUAUUUUUAUAAUGUUGUUAAUACAUGAGAAAUCUUAUAACCAGGAGACGUACAAGCAUAUAAUCAAUUAACUCUAACCCUGGUAAAGAGUUCUGAAGAUACCUGCUGCCUUUCGACAUAGUUGGUGUCCAGAGCUACUUUUACUUUAUACCUCAUUAUGAAGACUACUGUUUGAUAUAUCAGAUAUUGCCUGAAAUCAAAUAACUUUGCUGACAUUUUU